AUGACCGAUCAGCCGUCUAGCAUCCAGGAGCCUUCACCUUUGGAUGUCCUCCGCUAUCGUUACCAACAUGGCACCAACUUUGGCUCCAUCUUUGUACUUGAGAAAUGGCUCACUCCCAGCAUGUAUCAGGACAAGGCCGAUUCAGCCGAGCUUGCAGCUGUGACUGGCAACAUCAAAGCGAUGGGUCUUGAUGCAGCCAAGCAAAAGUUCGAAAACCACUGGGAGACUUAUAUCAGUGACUCAGAUCUGGAUUGGCUUGCCAACCAAGCUCAUUGUACAUCUGUUCGUCUGCCCAUUGGGUAUUUCACGCUGGGCCCAGCUUAUUGCGCAAACACACCUUUCGAAUCUUCCGCUGCAGUUUAUGAGAAUGCAUGGCCAGCUGUAAAGCGCCUUGUCGCUCGCUUGACUGCCAAAGGUAUCGGCACUCUUCUUGACCUCCACGCAUUGCCUGGUGGUGCCAACGGAGGUGAUCAUUCCGGAACCAACAGCGGCAAAGCCGAAUUGUGGAAGUCCAAAAGAAACCUGGACCUCGCUACACGAUGUUUACUAUUCAUCGCUCAUGAAGCUAGAUCAAUGGACGGUGUCAUCGGUCUGCAGCUUGUCAAUGAGGCUGAAUGGGACGCUCAGGGUAUGUAUGGCUGGUAUGACUCGGUGAUUGGUCAGAUUGGUGGUAUCGACAACACUCUUCCACUCUACAUCUCGGACGCGUGGAAUUUGGGUCCUGCAGUCGGCUACACCAAUGGCAAGAACAGUCUGCAUGCUGGUCGAGCGAACCCGAUCGUCAUUGACACUCAUCUGUACUGGGCAUUCUCAGAUGACGACAAGAAGAAGAAUCCCAGUCAAAUUGCGAAUGAAGCCAGGUACAAGCUGAGUGAGCUAGAUGGCCACGAUGGAAGCGUUGUGGAUCAUGGCGCAGCACAGGUUGUCAUUGGUGAAUACAGCUGUGUCUUGACAGAAGACUCUUGGGCCAAGGCUUCUGCCAGUGAGAAGGAGAAUCUGGUUCGCGAGUUUGGACAGGCACAGACACAGAGAUAUCAGCAGAGAGCUGGUGGAAGUUUCUUCUGGACAUACCGCAUGGAUUGGAUGGAUGGCGGAGAAUGGGGCUUCAAGCAACAGACUAACAACGGUGCCAUCACGGCUCCCAACAACCUUACUCUUUCCAACGAUGAUGUUCAGUCUCGUAUUGGACAUGCGCAGUCUCAAUUAGACGGCAAGUUCCAACAGACCUUCGGUGGUCACUGCAACUACUGGGAUAGCAACCACCCUGGCGAGUACGAGCACUGGCGAUUUGAAAGUGGUUGGAAGCUCGGCUUCAACGAUGCAAUGACCUUCUUUGGUGCAAGAGCCAAUGGUCGACUUCCUGGUACUGGAGGUGAUAAGAUUGGCAUGCUGGACAUUUGGACCAAGAAGAGAAUCGUUGAAAGCGGACAGGCUGGCAAGUUGUUGUGGGAGUUUGAGCAAGGUUUCAGACAAGGAGUCCGUGACUUCUAUGAGCUCGCUGGAAUCUAG